AUGUCCAAAUUAUAAUAAUACCUCUCUGACCUUAAAACCCAUUAAGAAGAAGAAAUUGAAAUUUAGAUCGAUUAUCCCAAUAAACCAGAAAAUAGCGAUGAUUCAGAAGAUGAGCAGAAUGAAAUUCUUAAUGAGAUACUUAAGUGCAUGCAAAAAGGAUUAUCAGAAAGGGUCUUUGACUUUGAGAUAGGCAAUUCAAUCAGAUUGAUCGAUAUUGAUGAUAUGAAUAAAAGUGCCCUUUAUCUUGACGCCUUGGCUUGGCUCUACUCUAACCGAGUGGACAGAACUUACGUGGAGAGUCUUAAACUCAAGGUUAAUUUACUAAGAGUGUAUGACACUACAACAGUUCCAAAUGCUCCUCCCUAAAAGAAGAGCAAACAAUAGCUAGCUUAAUAAGUCACUUAAAAGACUAUUCAUAUCAAUCGGAACAUGGAACUUAAAGAGAUUACCAAGUAUGGUGAAUCUACUCUUGAUUUCAAACCUUAUACUCAUCAAUAUGAUACACUUCAAAUCAAUCCCUUCUUCAAUUAAACAAGCAAGUCUUUGGACAUGCAAGACUUGACCACACUCAUUAUUUAUAACCCUUAAUUCGAUGAGAAUCUAGCCAUUAUCAUUGAUCCUGAUUAACUCUUAAAAGUAAAUGAAUAGAACAAGUAAAUCUUGACAGGUUUUAUUAAGUUAGAAAUCGAUACUUCAGUCUUAGAUUACUCUAACUUAAUGUCCAAAUAAUUCAAAAUGAGUUUCAAUGAAAUCAAUGAUUUCAGAGAGAGAUACAAGUAUUUACUUAAUAAAAAAGAUGCUUAAACUGUCAAAAUUGAAAAAAGCUAAUAAACUGCCAUUGAAAAGUUUCUCAAUGAUUUUCGAGUUUACGAUGAAAAACUGAUGUAGGCCUAACAAACUAUAGAUCAAUAAUAAUAAUCCUUAACCUAAUUAAGUGUAGAGGAACAAUAAUUCUUAAGUCUGAAUCAGCAAUACUAAUAAUAACUUAAAAUUAAUCCAACUGAAAUAGAUAAUGAUUAAUAAGAUGUAUAUAUAAGGAAGAAAAUGGAGUAAAUGAAUUUUGAACAGCAAUUUCUAGGCGAUAAUCAAAAUUAAAAUUAGAUUCAACAAAUGAAUUAAAUGGAUGUUGAGGAAUUCAAUAAUUAAUUGCCUGAAUUGAUACCAGAAUCCUUUGCAGAAGAUUAAAUAAAUGAUAAUAAUAACCCUUUGUUAACUGAAGAACAGAAGUAAUUGCAAUAAGAAUAGUUUUAAGUCUAUUAAGAAAAGAAAAAGGCUUUAUAGGAAUAAUUUUAAAAGCAACAAAGAGAGGCAGCAGAAAAAUAAUCCCAAAUUCAAGAAGAAUUGAAAUAACUUAGCUAUUAGUAAUAAUUCCAAGAUAUAUUUAAUGAUGUAAAUGCUCCAGUUGAUGAAUGGGAUUUAGAAUAGGAAGAAGAAUUUGAUUAAGAUCUUGCACCUUAUGAAGAAUAGUAAUAAAUACUAAAAAAUAAUAAUUAAUCGCAAGCAGUUUAAUAGCAAUAAGGAAACGUUAAGAAAAAACAAAAGAAAGUGUAUCCAGAUACAUUUAACUUUGAUGAUGCAGCAGAAUUAAAUAGAUUUCUUAUUUUAAAUACUGUUGGAAAUACUUAAAGGGAUUUUGGUUAAAGAGAAUUAACAUUAAAAUGCUUAGCUGAUAACUGUUAGGAUUUUGAUUAUUAUCGAUAUUUUGAAUACUUUACAAGGGAAUACGCAGGAUUUUUGGAAGAGGAAGAACAAUAACUACCAGUUCCUUUUACAGAACCGGAAAGCUUUGGAUUAGAUGAAAUAAAUAUCUAAGUAUAGUUAGAAGAGACCAAUUAAAUGAUAGAGACUUAUUAGAAUAAUUUAGAUUACUAUAUAUUACCAUUUAAAGUAUAUGCUAACAAUAAUAAUGAACCUAUUACAAUUAAAUAAUUAUAAGUCAUAUUGGAAAAAGUAAUUGAUGAAAUCAAAGGUCAAGUUGAAUUUAUUAAAAUCGAAAAAACUAUGCCUUUGAUUAUGAAUGAAAAGAUAAAUAAGAGCAAAUUAUUUGCAGCACUUCUGUUUGUUGCUAAGAAUAAAGGAUACAAAUUAGAAUAGAAAAAUAAUUCAUUCAAAGAUAUCUUAAUUAUAAAAAAUGAUGGUAUGCAAACGAUCGAAAUAGAUAAUGAGAAUUAAAAUCGGAAUGAAUCUUUAGUAGAUGUAGCUAUGUAGAUUGAAAGAUGA